CAACACAAUGGCUCUUCCCAAACCCUUCGUAUCGCUGACAUAGGGGCUUUAUCAAGAUAUAUUUAUCCUCUUCUCUUCCUAGCUUUAUAUGAAGGGGUGGGAGAUCGAGAAUUAUCGAUAUAGAGGGAAGGGUCUAUUAGAGGCAAGGGUUGAUUCUAGUGGGUUGAUUGUGAUCAAAUGGGUGGUGGCUAGCUUAUGGAUUCAAUGGUGUUUAUGGGUGGUGCUUGCGUGUGGUGAUAUGGUUGAGGAGAUCGGGGCCUUAUGGUCCAGACUGACCCUAAUGGAGGAGGAACAGGGACACAUCAAGGUGUUGAGUUCAGUGGACAGCAAGUCAGGGUUGGGGAAUGGGACUGAGUGUUUGGUGAAAGCUCUGUUGGCCUUCAAUGAUAAAAGCCUCACGGUUCUAACAGAAUUUUUGGGCGAAUUUAUUAAUACUGUUUUAGAUGUUGAUUUGGAUGAAAAUGAUAUGCUUUGUGGACUAGUGUUGAGAGUUAGAGUUAUGGUUGAUGUUAGGCGGUCAUUGAGAAGGGCAGCUAGGGUGCAGUUAUCAUUUAGUGAGACUAUUUAGUGUCAGGCUAAAAUGAUUCAUCUUUGCACACUUCUGUCUGAAAAAAGUAAGAAGCUCUGAAAUUAUAAAUAAAAUGUAAAUUUUAUUAAUAAAAAAAAUAAUUUAAAAUGAACAAAUACAUAUGCAUUCUCUCCUCCACAGUAGAAAACUUCACUCUACAUGACAAUAACGGC